GAGCAGGUGGAUGCGAAUUUCGAGGCACAGAACGCCGACCAGCUCUUGGAGGAAGAGGAUCCAGAUGAACCUCGCACUGUGAAACAGUUCCAACAGUGGCGGGCCAAAUUCGAAAACAACGUGCAGUUGAGUGCCGAGUUGCUGCAAGACAGGCUGGUCGAGGAAUCGUCUCUGCAGUCAAGGCUCCGCAUGAUUGCCCUCACAACGGAGGACGUCAGCAAGGAGUUCUACCGGACAGUCCAGGCUCAGAAACAGGGGCAGGAGAAGCAACUGGCAUGGGUGGCUGGACGCUUUGAGGGCUCUGGCUACAAAGUCCUGCUGUCCACCCUCCGCAAGAUACACAGUCCAGCAUUCUUGAGCAAGUUGGGGAUCACACUCUGGCAGGCGCCAGAUCCAGCGUCGUGCCGUCAGCUGUCGUGGAUCCAGGAGGAGUCGGCGCUUCUGGCCGACACGUGGAAGGUGUUGCUCGAGCUGGCCUGUGCUAGGACCUGGUCACAAGCCAUGUAUUGGUGCUGCCCACCAUUUUUGCUGGGCUCCUCCUUCGCAUCCACGGCGGCCGAACGGGAGGGCCUGGAGCUGCUUCGUCAACUAGAUGCAGGGCUCAAGGCGGCGCAUGGCCUGCUGCAGCAUGGCGCUGCUGAUGGCGACAGCAGAGGUCCUGCAAUCCGCGACCUCCUGGAGGACUGCUUUUGGCCUAGCUGCCAACUCUCCCUCGAGCUGGUCCAAGCAGCGCGAGACGCAAGUUUCCAGCCAAACAACGCCCAAGUACUGGAGCUGGCGUUUGCGUGCUUCGGAGCACCGAGCAACACAAAGCAUGCUUGUGAGGACUACACUCUGGUCAAGCGAGACAGGGCAGACAUUCACGGCACUUAUUGGACAGCUUCGGAAACUGUCCCACGGGAGCUGGAACUCAACACCAUGGACGAGGUCAACGUGAAGUGGGUGAAGUCUGGAACAUUGGCUGAUAUGCGCAUGGCUGCAGCGACCAUGACGCUGGCCGAGCUUCACACCAGCGACUUCCGCAACCUGGAAGCGACCUGGGCGGGGAUGUUCUUUGUCCCUGGCAUGAUUGUGCUCAAUUCGACGGAGGACGGUGCAGUUCUCUCGCUGGGAUUUCGCAAGUGGGCAGCGCAGACGAUUCCAUUGGAGAUUGAGAAGGAUGCCCAAGGCCGUCUUCUCUUCAUACUGCCAAGGGUACAGGAUCAGCGGCCCACUCAGCGCCCGCGUUGGAUGUGGAACACAUGUGCAUCAGCUGAGGACACGAACUUCAAAGCUUGCACUGUGGAACUGCUGCAUCCAGCAGCCGUGCCAGCUCGACUGAAAGAGCAUUCAUGUGUGCUCGAGGCCGUCAGCCCUGUGGAGCCAUUGCUGAAGGCUGCUCUGCGGAGCGGACGUUGCUUCCUGGAUGUGCCUGCCUUGAAGAAGUUGUGCGUAGCAAACGGAGCUGCCGAUCCUACGCCCACUGGCAAAGUCGGAAAAAAAGGCAAGCGCAGCAUUAUGAAGAUAGACAGGGCGCAGGUGCUCCUUGCGAAGAUUUUCCCAGAGAUUCCGGCCGGAAGCGAGGAGCAUUCUAAGAUUCUCCAAGGCAUCAUGGGCGAUCGGAGUCAGCCUAUGACAGAGGCCUGCGCUGCAGACGUGCUUGCAGGCGUGAAGCUUCUGGACAGAGACAACGGUGAAAAGUUCGCAGGUCUCGCAGCCGUUGCGCAGAAGAUCGAAACAGAUUUCAAGAUCAAGGAGGAACAAGCCCUGGCGGAAGUGGUAGAGAAGAUCUGGCAUCUUCACUUCCUGUACGGCAAACACCUUCAAGCUGGCGAGGAGCAGCCGACAAGCAGAGAGAUCCACGACCUGGUGGAGCGAUUGCAAGCAGAACGGGAGCAGGCAGAUGCGGCAGAAGCAACGGAGGCUUCUGAGGCUUCUGGUGCAAAAGGAGGGCGGGGCAGAGGAAGGGCUUCAGAUGCCAAAGGCAGAAGGAAGGGCGCAGGUGGUGCUGUGGAUGUUCGCCCCAAAGCUGUGCCGGAUGCAGAUGCCAAAGGCAAGAGAAAGGGUGCCGGCGCAGGUGGUGCUGUGGAUGGAGCCGCAAAGCGGCGCAGGGUGACGUGA